AUGGCAAAGAGCGCAUUCAAGCAAGAGCAUGAUUUUGAAAAGAGGCGUGCAGAGGCUGCCAGGAUCAGAGAGAAAUAUCCAGAUAGAAUUCCUGUUAUUGUGGAGAAGGCGGAGAAAAGUGAUAUUCCCAACAUUGAUAAGAAGAAGUACCUUGUUCCAGCUGAUCUAACUGUAGGGCAAUUUGUCUAUGUUAUUCGCAAAAGGAUCAAACUGAGUGCUGAGAAAGCCAUUUUUAUUUUUGUUGAAAAUGUCCUACCUCCUACAGGAGCAAUCAUGUCAGGCAUUUAUGAAGAAAAGAAAGAUGCAGAUGGCUUCCUCUACGUUACUUAUAGUGGAGAGAACACAUUUGGAAAUGGAAUCGUACUUUAG